AAUGGCGACUUCCGGUUGGUGAAUAUUUAGUAUUAGCCAAUGAAAAAGCUACUAUCCCUACUCGUGUUAUUUUCAUUGGUUGUUGAGAAAAAGCUUGAGAGAGAGGAGAGAGAGAAAUCGAUCCAUAAAUUCAUGGUCAAUGUUUUGUUAACGAAUUUUGUGGUUAUACAUCUCUUGUCUCUUAUUUGUCAUCUUUGUUUUUAAUAUUUAAAUAAAAAUAUAUAUAAAAUUUAAUUGCUCUAAUUAAGAAAUAAUAAUAAUAAUGUCGGCUAGACUUGCUGGUUAUGAUUCACAUAAUGAUGGUCCUGGUUUUGUUGGUAUAAGAUUUUGUCAAGAAUGCAAUAAUAUGUUGUAUCCAAAAGAGGAUAAAGUAAAAAAAGUUCUCAUGUAUGCAUGUAGAAAUUGUGAUUAUCAACAAUGUGCUGACAGUACUUGUAUUUAUGUCAACAAAAUUAUGCACGAAAUUGAUGAAUUGACACAUAUUGUUGCUGAUGUUAUUUCGGAUCCAACAUUACCAAGAACAGAAGAACAUCAUUGUCCAGAAUGUUCACAUCAUGAAGCUGUUUUCUUCCAGGCUCAAACACGAAGAGCUGAAGAAGAAAUGAGACUUUAUUAUGUUUGUACAAAUCAACAUUGCUGUCAUCGUUGGACAGAAUAAAUUUAACAAUUUUAUUUUUAUUUAUUUGAUACAUCUUAAAAUUGGUACAACAAAAUAUAUAUAUUAUUAAUUAAACUAUGUGAAAGGCAUUAAUAAAACAAAAAAAUUUCUAUCAUUAUUUUUAUUUGUUGAAGUAAAUUUUUGUUACAAAAGUCAAUCAGACACCAGCACUCCAUCAAUCAUCAUUUUACCAUUAUAUUAAUUAUUAUUUUUAUUUAAUUUUUGAUCAUUCAAGUAUUCAAUUAAUUUGUCCAAAAAUAAAAUGAAAUAAAUAAGCAAAUUUCUUUUUUUUUUAAAAAAAAGUUUGCUUUAUUUAUUUCAUAUAUAUUAUUUCAAAAUUAUACCAACAAUUGAAUAAUUUUUUUUUUUAACUUUACAAGUAUUAAAAUUAAUUUAAAAAAUGAAAAUUAUUUUUUUUUAAAUGAUAAAUUUAUCCAGAACCAAGGUUGAUUAAAGAGUUUAUAUAAAAAACUAUUUUCUCUUACAUUCACGACUCAUUCAUUUAUAAUUUUUUUGUUUCUUUUUCGUUUAUCAUCAAAUAUUAAUAUGAUAAAAUGAUAAUAUAUAUAUAUCUAUAUAUUUUUUUUUUUUUCGUUUUAUUACACAUAUCGCUUAGCUCGUACUGACCUUAUGGACAAUAACUCGUCAAGCCCAUAUAUUUAAUAAAUGUUCAUAUUGUUAAUUUAUUUUUAUCUAACUCGUAACUCUAGAUAUUUUUUUUUUUUUUUUUUGUUUUUCAUUUUGUUUUAAAACUUACUCCAAACACACUGAUAACUUUCUGACCACCAAUUUUUUUAUUUUUCUUUUUUGUUUAUAUUAAUUAAAUAUUUUCGUAAAAAUUAAUCCAGCAUUAGUUUUUAAUAAUAAUCGUGCAGUCAGUUGUUUGACAAUCGUACAACUUGAUGAUUUUAAA